AUGUCAGUCGGGCGAGUCCUGGUUAUCGCAGGAUCCGACAGCUCCGGCGGAGCAGGUCUUGAGGCUGACCAGAGAGUCUUAACUGUCCAUGGAUGUUAUGCCCUCACGGCGACUACAGGCCUCACAGCCCAGAACACCCUAGGGGUGCAAGACAUCUUCGUGGUUCCGGCUGAGUUCGUCAAGAAGCAAAUCAGCGCCAGCCUGGACGAUGUCGGUGCCGACGUGAUCAAGCUGGGGAUGUUGUCGUCCGCAGAGACCAUUGACAUCAUCGCAGAUGCGCUUACAUCGUAUCAAAUUCCAGCCGUGGUUUUGGAUCCGGUGAUGAUCUCAACCAGCGGGUCUCAGUUAUUACCUGAAGCUGCUGUCCAGGGUCUGCGCAAGAAACUGCUGCCUCUGACAACUGUUCUCACGCCCAACAUCCCAGAAGCAAAACUUCUUAUAAAAGACUCAGGUCUAGACUAUACCGAACCCGAAGACCUUCAUGGGCUUAUUGAUCUCGCAAAACAAGUCACAACGUUGGGCCCCAAAGCUGUUCUGCUAAAGGGUGGCCAUCUGCCGCUCACAAACGACCACAAAACUGCCCGCAGCGCAGGCGAAGCCUCUCGAGUCAUUGAUGUACUUUAUGAUAGAGAGGAGGUUACUCUGUUUGAAACUGAAUUUCUAGUCUCGAAGAACACCCACGGCACCGGUUGCUCUCUCGCAUCGGCCAUUGCGGCAAACCUCGCGCUCGGAAAGGAUAUGAAGAGAGCCGUGCGCAGUGCUGUUCGUUUUGUUGAAGCAGGAAUCAAGACCAGCACCCAACUCGGAAAAGGAAGCGGUCCAAUCAACCACUUCCACUCCGUCUAUUCCGUGCCAUUUGCACCGGGACGGUUUUUGGAGUACAUUCUAGAUCGUCCCGAUGUACAAUCAGUAUGGAAGCGAUUCACAGAGCAUGAAUUUGUCCGAGGACUCGGCAGCGGUACCCUUCCAAUCGAACGGUUCAAAGAAUACCUGGUGCAGGAUUACCUCUACCUUGUCCACUUUGCUCGGAGCAACGCACUUGCUGCGUAUAAGGCCAAAGAUAUGGAAUCCAUAGCCGCAUCAGCUAAAAUCGUUCUACACAUCGAACGAGAGACAGCGCUCCACAUUGACUACUGCACGUCAUUCGGGCUAUCCAAAGAAGAAAUGGAGAAGCUUCCAGAGACUGGUGCAUGCACCGCGUACAGCAGAUACAUCCUCGAUGUGGGCCAAUCAGAAGACUGGCUUGCACUGCAGGUAGCCUUAGCACCAUGUUUAAUUGGAUAUGGAGCCAUCGCACAAAGGCUAUACGCGGAGGAAAAGACGCUUCGGGAGGGCAACCGAUACUUCAAGUGGAUAGAAAAUUACGUUGCGGAGGAUUACACUGAGGCUGUCCGUCUAGGGUCCGAACUACUGGAAAAGCACAUGAGGAAAGUCUCACCGUCGCGGAUGGAAGAGUUGAUCAAGAUCUUCAUUAGAGCAACUGAGUUGGAAAUCAGUUUCUGGAGCAUGGGCCUCGGCAAUGGGCACCCCUGA